CCUCACCCUGCCCUUUCCCCCACAGCCGCCAAGUCCAAGGGCAAGGGGGCGCCGAAGGAGGUGUUGAAGGGGCCGGAGGUGUGCACGGACCCCACCAUGCUCGCCACCCACGCCAUGGGGGUCAACUACUUCAGGGAGGGUCCGGAGGUGGCCCUGAAGCCCGACUCCGAGUACCCCGACUGCCUCACAUCCUCUGCAUUCACCUCCAGGCUCUUUAAGAUCCACCUCGGGCCCCCCAAGAAGCUGGAGGAGCUGGACCCUGACUCGCUCGAGUAUUGGAGGCGCCUGCGGAAGUACAACACGUGGCAGCGCAACAGGUUGAAGAAGGGCAAGAAGCUGUAGGUGCUGCUGAUCUUGGGGCUUCUCUGUGUGCCAGCACAGAUGGCACUGGGACCUGCCCUGGCUUUUGAUCUCUUCUCCUUGCUGUAAAUAAGAAAUAAAUCUCUAGUGAGGCUGAUACCUGUUAUAAAGGCUGUGACAA